AAAUUUCACUUAUUUUGAACUGGCUUAAUUGUGUGUGUGGGUUUUUUAUUUUUAUUUUUAUUUUCUUAAUAUGAUGCUAUGUUGUGCUUACCCAUACUCGUAACUAGAGGUGAUCAUUGGGGGGGGCUGGGCCGGGCCAAGGCUGGAAAAAUCAACCCAUUCAUCGGGCCAAGCUUCGGGCCGAAAUUUGUGUGUCCAAAUACGGGCUCUUCAAGCCAUUUCGGGCCCGGCCAAAAAAAUCAACUAAAAUUGUAUGAAAUCCCAUUCCUAAGCCCACCCAAAAAAAAUUAAAAAUCGGAUCGGGCUCAUUUUGAUCAGGUAUUCAGGUCUACUCGUAACAUGUUUUGCUUUUUUCACGAUAGUUCGUGCCAUACCCUGGGCCAGUCCAACCAUUGCCACCUUUAUCCAGUAGCCCUACCAAACACUAAAAUUCUGCAACAAAAUCUCUGAAUCAAAUCAAACCAAAAAUGGCAAAGAAAAUCCCAAAUCCCAAGAACAACAGUAUCAGAGAAGUGGAAACUGUAGAAUACCCAAUCAAAUGAGCAAAAACAAUGGCGAAAAAGAAGGGAAUGAUAAUCAAAAUUUGAGGCCAAGAUUCUUUGAUAAGAAGGCUAAGAACAUGUGCUGGGCUAAAGCUGCUCUUGUCCCCGGCCGUCACCCUGACCGUUGGAGGAAGGAUGUUGCCGGCAACAUCGUUUGCAAGCGUUUCUGCAAUUGUUCUGGUUGUCUUUGCUUUGAGUACGAUCAUAUUGUUCCUUUCUCCAAAGGAGGUGAGUCUACAAUGGACAAUUGUCAGAUCCUUCAGACUAGGGUCAACCGAUACAAAUCUGACAAAGAAGUGGAUCCCAAAAUACUGAGAGGUUAUUCCUGUGAUUUGAAGUUUACUGACAAAGAACUUGAUAUAGUUGAGAUGGCUGUGUAUGGGGACGUGAUGCGGCCAGGGAACCAAUGCCGUUGCCGGUCUAUUGCUGAAAUGCUUGGAACUUUCAAGGCUAAAGAUCACAUGGCGCCUUGCAAGUUGCCAUAUGUUGAAGAAUCGUGAUGUUUUAUACCGUAUACAAAGUAUGAAGGUUGAAGAUUUUUUCAAUUAGAUUCAUAUGCUCUGGAGAUCGCCAAUGCUGUCAAACUGUAGAACAUAGGCAACUUAGCAUCUUCAUGACAAACCUAAACUCUUAAAACUGAUUACAUUUGAUUAUUGAAUAUUGAAAACAGGAGGCCAAAACACUUGAGCAUACACUAUUUUGGAAUUGCGAAUUAGUUUUUGUUAUUGGAUUUUGUUCUUCAUUAAUCUUGCAGUGGAUUGCUGAAUUUUGUAUUA